UAUGGUCGGGACUCGGCUACUUGAGACCAACACAGGACAGAAUCUCUCCGUGUUCUGUUUUAGGGCUUCAUGAGACCUCGAGAAUUGUCAUACUUGAGGCUCGAAGUGCAGGAGGGUUUUACGAAUUUUAUGCCAAUGCUACGUGGUUGAUGUUGUGCUUCCGGUAUUGCGUUAUCUGUUGUUGAAGUGGUUGCUGUAGUGGAGUGGUGUGACGAGCCCUCGCGGCGCUGGCGAGAAAUUGUAUAGUAUUUGCAAUCAGGCAUUGGAGCGAUGGCGUCGCCAAACCCGACCAAGCAGGCGGUGUCUAAUCGGUUGUCGGGGUUGAGGUUCAUGCAGAGGGCAAAAAUUAGAGAGGACGAGCUGAAGCGGCAAGAGGCGGAAGCGGCUGGCUCGGCCGCAGUAGAUGACAGCCACUGGGUUACGCCUGCAGCUUCUGCCUCGCGAUGUAAGGUGAUUUUUGAAGGCGAUCCGAAGCCUGGGGCAAUUAUUGGCAGAAUGUCGUUUCAGAGUUUCAAUCCGAGUGUUGACAGAAUUGUUGAGGAGGUGGAGGCGAGACGAGAGAAACUGAGGAUCUUCGCAAGUACGUCUACCGGCAAUGACGAGAAACCAACUGUCAACACACAAAGUCUGGCUAAUGGCGCCGAAAAGGAAAAAGUAGAAGUAGAUGACGUUGAUAAUGUGUCCAUCAGGAAGAGGCAGAAGGUGGAGAAGAAGACUAUUUCAAAGACAGAAACUGCGAGUGUCGCAGUAAACUCCUUCACAGCAUUAAGAGGUGGCAAAGUCGAGUCUCACAAACGUGAACAACAUCAACAGCGUGAAACGAAAGAGGUUAAUCCGAGGACGGAUUGGAGGAGCUUACGGCCACCCGGUCGGUAAGCUCAUUAAAAUAUGCUCUCAUUUCUUUUACUCUGAAGUUGUAUCCACGAAGCUUUCACGGCCGGGACACAACUCUUCUUGCAUCUCGACUUCACCUGUCGACAAAUCAUCGUGGAUAAGGUAAUUUGAGCUUCCAGGUAUACAUUCAAUGUGAUAUAUCUGUGUUGGUCACGAUUCUAGGCCGAUUUCAUGAGGGUUUCAGUGCAUGAAGAUUGCUAACCUUAGUCGUCUUCCACGAUGUCCUCUGAUUUUCUUCCCGUCAUUUCUAUUCUUGUAUUCCUCCACCUUCUCCUUUUUUGUUCGCCAAAUUUAGGCUGUAGGUCUCGAAUACUUGCGAGUGCUGGCCACCAAUGUGCUUGGUUUUCUCCAACUAUUCAAAUUCACAAUGGGGUGCCGGUGCACUGAGGUAGGAAUACAUAGAAGGUGCUUUACCAUUCUGCAGUCAAUUGCUGAUGGUGUGUUGUAUCAACCAGAUACAUGACAAAGUUCAUGACAGAAUUAGCUGCUAUCAGCUCUUUUUAGUGUCUGUUGGCAAUUACAAAUUGCUUUAAAAACUUUCCUCCGAGGUUUUUGAUUAUCAAUUUCAAGUCUUUACUUUUUUCUGAGAUUUUCUUACAAUACUGAAAUGCAUCCUUCACCCCAGAAAAUUCACGUAGCCGCUGACUCAUCGAUUUCUUAGUUAAAGUGCACGAGGAUUGUAGUAGUGGUCAUGAGUUGGGCUUAGUAGGACUACGAUUAUUCUGUGCAAGACUGUUCGACAACGGAGUAUUUUUUGUGCCUUCAUAUUUGUGGUUUCAGUCACUUUGGAUGUUCUAGUGAGAAACUUUUUGAGUCUACUCCAUGUCGGUCUCGUUCUUGUUUACCAGGUAUUGAGACAUUUUGUAAAAAGAAAUAGAAAAACUAGACUUGCCUUCUUGUUGAA